AUCCGUUUCAUCAAGUUCAGUCAGUGCGGGCUGCAGACUGCUGCUGGUCACAGACGACACUCAUUGACUUUUUUAAAUUAAAAAAAAAAGGUUUUGUCCCAUCACAGGAGACACCAUGAACACUCUGAACCAGCAGUACGAGGAGAAGGUGCGUCCCUGCAUCGACCUCAUCGACUCUCUCCGCUCUCUGGGUGUAGAGAAGGACUUGGCGCUGCCUGCCAUCGCCGUGAUUGGAGACCAAAGCUCGGGGAAGAGCUCCGUGCUGGAGGCGCUGUCAGGGGUGGCUCUGCCGAGAGGAAGCGGCAUUGUGACGAGAUGUCCUCUCGAACUGAAGAUGAAGAGAAGGAAAGAGGGAGAGGAGUGGUUUGGAAAGAUUAGCUACCAGGACCACGAGGAAAUGAUCGAAGACCCUGCAGAUGUGGAGAAAAAGAUAAGAGCAGCUCAGGAUGAAAUGGCCGGGGUCGGAGUGGGGAUCAGCAAUGACCUCAUCAGUCUGGAGAUCGCCUCCCCGGAUGUUCCAGACCUGACGCUCAUUGACCUGCCGGGCAUCGCCAGAGUGGCCGUAAAGGGACAACCGGAGAAUAUUGGUGAACAGAUCAAGAGACUGAUUGAGAAGUUCAUCACAAGGCAAGAGACCAUCAGCUUGGUGGUCGUCCCGUGCAACGUGGACAUCGCGACCACAGAGGCUUUGAAGAUGGCGCAGCAGGUGGAUCCUGAUGGAGAGAGGACUCUGGGUAUCUUGACCAAACCUGACCUGGUGGACAAAGGCACAGAGGGGACAGUGGUUGAAAUUGUCCAUAAUGAAGUCAUCCACCUGACGAAGGGCUACAUGAUCGUCAAGUGCAGGGGUCAGAUGGAGAUCUCACAGAACGUGUCUCUUACCGAAGCAACUGAAAAAGAGAAAGCUUUCUUCGAAGAUCAUGCAUAUUUCAGCACUCUUUACAAUGAAGGCCACGCCACUGUCCCUAUGCUGGCUGAGAAACUCACACUUGAGCUGGUGCAUCACAUUGAGAGAUCCCUGCCAAGACUGGAAGAGCAGAUAGAGGAGAAACUGGCACAGACUCAGGCAGAGCUGGACAGAUAUGGCAAUGGACCCCCGUCUGAUCCAGCUGAGAGACUCAUCUUCGUCAUUGACAAAGUGACUGCGUUCACUCAGGAUGCCAUCAGUCUGACUAUAGGAGAGGAACUCAAAUGCGGAGAGAAGCUCAACGUCUUUUCCGUGCUGAGGAAACAGUUUGGACAAUGGAAAGCCCACGUGGACCGCUCAGGGGCAAACUUUAACAAGAAAAUUGAAAGAGAGGUGGAGGAAUAUGAAGAGCGGUACCGUGGCAGAGAGCUACCAGGCUUCAUCAACUACAAGACCUUUGAGGUCAUGGUCAAGGAGCAGAUCAAGCAGCUGGAAGAACCAGCUGUCAAGAAACUCCGAGACGUAGGAGAUGCUGUUAAAAAGGUGUUCUUACAGCUGGCCCUCAGCAGCUUCACUGGAUUUCCUAACCUCGUGAAGACAGCCAGGGCGAAGAUUGAAGCCAUCAAGAAAGAAAAAGAGUCUGUUGCUGAAUCCAUGCUGAGAACUCAGUUCAAGAUGGAGCUGCUUGUUUACUCUCAGGACAGGACCUACAGCAGCAGUCUGAACGAGCGCAAGAAAGAGGAGGAUGAGCAGGAACUCAAACAAAAAAGUAAACAUGUUAGAGAACGAAGCAUUAUCAUGGACAACCAUGCAACACUUGAGCAGCUGAUGAUGCACCUUAAAUCAUACUACCAAAUUGCUGGCAUGCGUCUGGCUGACCAAAUCCCGCUGGUGAUCCGCUACCAGAUGCUGCAGGAGUCAGCCAUCCAGCUACAUAGGGAGAUGAUGCAGAUGAUUCAGAACAAGGACAAUUUGGAUUUCUUGCUGAAGGAGGAUUUUGACAUCGGCAGCAAGAGGACGGCUUUGAAGAGCCGCCUCAAACGCCUCAUGCGGGCCCGAGCAUACCUGGUGGAGUUUUAGAGGCCAAGGGCUUGCAGCGUGAGUCUGCUAUGCAUCUUUCAUCGGUCAAAUACAGUAUCAUUGUAGUUAUAGUAUUGUUACUCUAUACUAUGCUGUAUUAUUUGUAUUUUUUUAAUGUAUCCACUUCAGAAUGGACAGAUUUGCUUCGUGUCAAUAAAGGGAGAUCUUUUUAAUGUACUGCAAUAAAUUUUCUGUUUUCAUGAAAAAAAAAAAAAAAGCCAGUUUGGGGUUUUUUUGCACAUAAAAUAUAUAGAAGGAACUAAAAAGGAUUCUAAAAUAAAGAACUCUAUAUAUUUGUUUAAAUAAAGAAUAGUUUUGCCUAA